AUGUGGAGCUCUCCGUCGGCCGUCCCCGCGGCCGUGAUGCUGCUGGUGGCAACCACGCAGGCAGCAGCGAAGGUCACCCCGGCGCUGAGAUUCACCAAGCCGAAGCCAUCCCCACCGCCGGGCGCUGCCAACCCUUCCCUCGCCCCCAUGCCGGUAGCCCCGGGCAGAGCCCAGCUGCCCUCCAUGAGCCCCGUGGUGCGGGCGGCCACCACGCUCUUCCCCUUCGAGAACGACACCCUGGACACGGCUGACUUCUUCUUCAACUGCUGUGACUGCUGUCCCCCCACCAGCGGGCCCCGGGGGCCGCCGGGGGAGCCAGGGCCUCCAGGUCCUAAGGGGGAAAAGGGAGAUGCUGGUGUGCAAGGUCUGCCGGGAACCCCGGGACCUCAAGGUCCCAAAGGCUUUAAAGGAGAAAGAGGAGGCAAAGGGGAGCAAGGCGAGCGAGGAAUAAGUGGAAACCCUGGUUAUCCAGGCAAGCCUGGGCUGCAAGGUGAAGCUGGAGUGAAAGGCAAUAAGGGCAGCUACGGCUUCCCCGGGCUGAAGGGACAAAAGGGCUCCAAGGGGGACACUUGUGAGAACGGCACCAAAGGAGACAAGGGGGACAGGGGGGACGCCGGGGACCCGGGGGUGGACGGAGAGCAGGGUGACAAAGGGGAGAAGGGGGACACGGGGGACAAGGGGUAUUGUGGGGAGCCGGGGGGGAGAGGCCAAAAGGGGGAAAGAGGGGAAGGAGGGACGAAGGGAGAAAAAGGCAGCAAAGGGGAGAUGGGGGCUGGGGGCAUUCAGGGGAUGGAGGGAAAGCAAGGAGAAAAGGGCGAGCAGGGAAGUAAGGGUGACAAAGGGGACCUGGGACCCGCCGGCGUGACGGGACCCUCGGGGCCCAAGGGGGUGGCUGGCAGCAAGGGGGGCCGCGGGGCGCCGGGCAGGAAAGGCUCCCGCGGGGCGAAGGGGUCCCGAGGGGACACCGCGAAGCUCCUGCGAUCGGCCUUCAGCGCCGGCUUGUCCAAACCCUUCCCUCCGCCCAACGUCCCCAUCCGGUUUGACAAGAUUUUGUACAACGACCAGGAAGAUUACAACCCUUCCACCGGGAAAUUCAACUGCAGCGUGCCCGGGGCGUACGUCUUCGCCUACCACCUGACGGUGAGGGGCCGCCCGGCCCGCGUCAGCCUGGUGGCCCGCAGCAGGAAGGUGGCCAAGGCCCGCGAGACGCUGUACGGGCAGGAGAUCGACCAGGCCUCCUUCCUGACCGUCCUGAAGCUGAGCGCGGGCGACCAGGUGUGGCUGGAGGUUGCGCGGGACUGGAACGGGGUCUACGUCAGCGCCGAGGACGACAGCGUCUUCACGGGGUUCCUUCUGUACCCAGAUGUUUUUGAGAUCCUGCUGUAG